AUGUCGGAAGAGAAGGGCGAAACGGUGAUUGGACAACUGUGGGCAUAUGAUGAGGCUUUGGGCGUAGUGGUUCUUCAGUGCGAUGCCUCUGCUGGCGGUGUAGGAGGUGCGACGAGCGGCACGGGAACAAAUAUGGGCGCGGCAUGCAUCAAUCCCACUGUGCUGGCUGCUGCUUCCAAUGCUGCCUUGGCAGGUUCUUCGCCCAACACGAACCCAUCCACAACGUCGACCUCGACCAUCUCGGAUCCCAGCAUCAUCUCAGCUGGCAAGAAUGUCCCUUCUUCCUCUUUCUCCUCUCCUGCUCCUCCUGCUCCUGCUCCUGCUCCUGCUCCUGCUCCUGCCCUUCUCGCCCGCACCUCUUUCAAAUUGCUCAAGACUCGAAGCAUCAAAUCCGUCUCGCUCGUGCAAACUUCGAUCGGUGCAGCAGCUAGCGGAGCAUCUCAAUUGAGCGGCUUGAACAGCGUCAACUUGGCACAGGUGGAGAAUAGGGAGAGGGUGGCUGCCCUGGAUUCGAACAAGAGGUAUAAUAGGAUCGGAAAGGGAGUGGGAAGAGAGGGUCAGAUGGUCUUUGAUGCGCUCGACAAGACGUGAGUAUCUUUCUUUUAUGUUUUUUAAUUUCUUAUUUUGCUUUGCUUUGCUAUUUGCGGCACUUGGCGAGCGGAGCGGAGGGCGUGUAGGAGGAGAGAAGGGCGUGGAGCAUGGAGCAUAUGCGGGCGCCGCUUUCGGUAGUAGUCGUCGUCGUCAGGGUGGGAGCGUGUGGGUAGCGCGGGCAGAAUGGCACAGUCGACUAUGGGCGCCCAUGUAUGUGUCUUUUGAAAACUUUGUUGUAGUCGCUGACUCACGCGCACCUUUGCCCUUCUCCGCAGUCUUCCAUGUCGAUGGCACCAAACACACAUCAUCGUCAUGGAUGAUAUUGUGAUCGUGAGUUGCAGCACUCUUCUCGAUUUGGAAGAGGAUGGCCAAAGCAAAGGCAGGCAGUCGACCUGCCCGCUGACCCGGACUGCCCCGUUCCAUUUCGGGACCCUUCUUUUUGUUUUGUUUGAUUUUGGGCCAGUCCGCACCCUACGUGCCCAGUUCGGUCAGUGUGCCAGGCAUCCCUACGGAUCUCUUGUCGCUCUUGGCAGAGGGAGAAACGCCAAGCGCCAAGCAACAAACGCAGUUGCCGCAGGGUGCGGCGGGUAAAGCUAGAAGCUGGAAACAGGUCUGCAAAGUGCUGGAAGGCGAGAGGAAAAAGAUUAGCGUGAGAUUGGCAGCGGAGGGUAAGGCUUGA